UCAGGUUACUUGAAUUUACAUUCACAGUCGCUAGCAGCACAGAGGCAUCGUGGUGGAGGCUGUGCAGUAGGAGGGGAAAAAUAAAGCACUAACAGUUAUUUUUUUUUAAGCAAGCGCUUCCUUAUUCGUGUUUGUUCCUCGAAAUGUCCAGCGAGACCGAGCAGACUGUGGAAGAGGCGACUACCGAGGAGCAGCAGGAGAUGCAGGAUAAAGUUGUGAGUCCUGAGAAGGCAGAAGAAGCAAAGUUAAAAGCUAGAUAUCCUCAUCUGGGCGCUAAACCAGGAGGCUCAGACCUGCUGAGGAAAAGAUUACAGAAAGGGCAAAAGUACUUUGACUCAGGAGAUUACAACAUGGCCAAGGCUAAAAUAAAGAACAAACAGCUCCCGGCAGCUGCAGCAGAGAAAACCGAGAUCACCGGAGAUCACAUCCCAACUCCUCAGGACCUGCCCCAAAGGAAGACCUCGCUGGUGGCCAGCAAACUGGCUGUUUGAUAUGAACUUUGCGAGGACUUUCCGGUCACCAUUCCUUUUGUUUGAUCUCUGCUUUACCUCCAUUUUAUGUGUCUAUAUCCUGACUUUCUAUCACUCGUGUAAUUCCUCCUCAAGAAAUGCUGUUUCGAUAAAAUAUUUGCCUCUGGACGCCCUCAUUUACCCGUUUGCGUGCAGAAACGAGACAAUUUUGGCUGUAGAAGUAGAUGUAGUGGCGAUUUCUACACUUUGGUGCGAAUGCACUGUUAUCUGACUGAAACAACUGAACAGUAACCUUUUAGGAUUUUACUAGUUUUACUCAAUACUCACUAUUUCUGGCAAAGAUUUAUGUGUGGUUCAGACAUUCACACUGGCCUCUAAUGAUAACUAUUUCAUUCUUUAUAAUGGUUUCCAUUAAUACGCAGAGGGUUUUUUUUGUGCUGCUUGACUCCUGCGUGUGAUUAUGAAACUUGCCUUAAUGAUAUCUACCACAGUUACUCUUGGUCAGCCUUUGCCUGCUCAGAGAGUGGCCCCUUUCUUGGUUUAGCCACAAGCUGUGCUGAUGUGUUUUCUUCUUGGGUUAGGUCCUGGUUGGGUCAGUUCACUCAUCUUCUUCAAACUGUGCACAAGCACUGACUGUCACAACUGUGCCAUUUGUGUUGUUGUUGUUUUGUAAAUAAACUAGUUUUGCACAAGAAA